UUGCACAGUUGCUGGAAUGGGCGUGGAGUUGUAACGUCUCGCUUCAACAAGGCAAGAGAAGGAAACGGCAAACCAGACACGUUCUGGAAGUUGCGAUAUGUAACUAGGAACUAAAUACAAAAGCUCGACAACACAGCACGCGUCUGGCAAAACUAGAGAGAUGAUACCUGAGACUUCUGCUCACCUGUUUUGAACCUCCGCAAAACCACCAAACCUUCCCCCACCCAACACUUUCACUAAUACUGAUCUGCCUUAGAUCCAUCAUCAACUCUUCUCUGGUGUUGAUCUAGACCACCACCAAACACCCACCAUGUCGGAUCCCACUGACCCCAGAGAGGAAAUCCUAGACUGGCUGACCAGCCUGCGUCUGCCCCAGUACGCUGCCGGUUUUCACCUGGGGGGCUUCCAGUGCCUGGAAGACUGCAGGGGGCUCACUGAAAACCGCCUCCUGGAGCUCCGAGUGUUCCCUACAGGCCACCGUAGACGGAUCCUAUGUAGUUUGGAAGCCCUAAGAUUGGUGGUGGAAGAGCCGGGGGAAGAGGAAAAGGAGGGGGAAGAGAGGGUGUGGGGCCAGAGAAUGCCCGUCCCCCAACCCAGACACAUCUUCAUGACAAAUAAGAAAAGGGUGACUUCCUGCCAGCCUAGUGAGAGGGUAGAGCAGGCAAGAUGGGAGGGGAGGCAGACCCUACACCCUGGGGCUGGCUUAGCGUUCUCCUCUUCUGUCUCUUCAAUGCCUAACACUUCUAUAAAGGGGUCUCCGAGACCACCUCGGCCGACACCGCGUGACCCUCUCAACGUACGCACCACUUCCUCAGCUUCGAACUCCACAUCUGGCAGCUGUGAUUCCCUCUCUGUCUCCUCCCACUCUGGAGAGGUGCCCUCUGAUUGUGAGAUCUCCUCUGAGGAGCCCUCCCCUUCCUCUACAGACCUCUCUCCCGGGCCUGACCACGUCCUACCUGGGAAAAACCAAGAGGUUUACCAGGGGAAGAUGGUGGAUAAUGUGAUCUAUGAGAGGGGCCCCAGCUUGAAGACACAAACCAAGGGCCCCCGGCCCACCCGUUCCUACAGACUGAGGCACCGGCCGGUGCCCGGGAUUCCUGACCAGGUCAUCCUACCCCCGCCGGACUGGAGCUUGCCGCCGCUUACAUCCACAACCGACCUUGAACACCUUCCCUGCGCCCAGGUUCCCGGCGGUGCUGACGGCAACCAGAAAGCCCCACUGCAAAGAACGUUGUCUCCCAUUGUUCCUUAUGGAGAAACAUUCCUAUACAACAACCCAGAGAACAUACUGGACCAGGGUACUAAAGAACUGUUCAAGAAAGAAAUCAAAGAGAAUGUCAAGCAGAAGAAGCCGAGAAAGAAGCAUGGUAAGAUCAAGGAGUCCAGGAACAAGACACAGGUCCCUCCACCUACUUCAACGGUCCACAACCUCUAUGAAGAUGACUACUCUAUAGUGGAAGAGUGCACGACCAGUUGGGAACUAUCCAAUCAUGCUUGGCCUAACGCUGCUAUGGCGACCCCGGAGCCCCUCCUCUCCGGCUCCCUGCCCGGCCCCGCCCUCUCCCAGGUCGUUCCCAUGACAAUGGUGGUGUGUGACCUCUACUCGGAGCCCUUUGACACGCUGGGAGGUCUAGUGAAAAAUACGUUACCCGUGUUACCCGCAGACCACGAGGAUAAUAUCUCCCCUUACGCCUGCUUCUACGGGGCCCCUAAGACCAAACUCAAGAUGGGGUGGCUGGACAAGCUCUCACCGCAAGGAAACUGUGUCUUUCAGAGAAGAUGGGUGAAGUUUGAUGGAGAGAACCUCUCUUAUUACAACAAUGAUAAGGAGAUGUACUCUAAAGGCCUGAUCCCGUGCAGUGUGAUGAAGCAGGUGCGAGGGCAGGGGGACAACCGCUUCGAAGUGGUCACCUCCCUCAGGAUCUUCGUGUUUCGGCUGGAGAGGGAAGGGGAGCGUCAGGAGUGGAUGGAGGCUCUUCAAACGGCCAUACGCUCCCCUGCCUCCAUUUCCCAGAAGCCCCAGAAGUGUGGCACCAACAAACAUGGCAGCAUAGAGCUGAGAGGGUACAAAGGCAAAGUGUACGUCUCCCUGACGGGAACCAGAUUCAAACUGUGCAAAUCAGAACAGGACUUCAGAGCUGGCCUGGGUAUUUCCCUGAUCGACCUGACUGCUACUAACGUUAAAGAUACAGACAGGAGGCUCUUCCAAAUCAACACUCCCUUCAGAAACUUCUGCUUCACGGCCGAAUCGGAAAGGGAGAAAGAGGAGUGGAUUGAAGCAUUCCAGGAAUCGAUAGCCGAAACGCUCUCCGAUUAUGAAGUGGCCGAGAAGAUCUGGUUCAACGAGUCCAACAGGAUCUGUGCCGACUGCCGAGCGUCGCAGCCCGAAUGGGCCUCCAUCAAUCUGGGGGUUGUCAUCUGUAAGAAGUGUGCAGGUCAGCACCGGUUCCUGGGCCCUAGCCUCUCUAAAGUUAGGAGCCUGAAGUUAGACAGCAGUAUCUGGAGCAACGAGCUGGUGGAGCUCUUUCUGGAGGUGGGAAAUGAGAACGCCAACAGCUUCUGGGCGGCCAGCCUGCCCCUGGAGGAAGAGCUAUACAUGGGGGCGUCGCCCGAGCAACGGGCCACUUUCCACCGCAGGAAGUACAGAGAGAGGAAGUACCGGAGGGUCCUGGGAAGCCUUCACGACCAGGAGCAGCUCAAUCAGGUAGACACUGAACUGAGUAAAUUUAUCACGGAGCAUCUCCUCUUCUCAUCCCUUCUGGGGGGCUCAUUUAGAGCUUCCUCUCCGACGUUCCCCCAACGUAAAGCCGGCGUUAAGAAAACCCCCCCUGUGUUCCUCUGUGCUGAGCGCUGGCCUCAUUUCCCCAAGCUGGAGUCAUCCUCAGAGACCAGUUCUCCAUGUGAUGCUCCGUCCUUCAUGGACGGCUUCCUCUACUGCUCCGCCGGUCCGGCCAAGGCUACCCUGGACAGGAGAGGCAGAGACGACAUGGUGCGACGCUGGUGUACUCUGGAGGGGGGCUUCCUUAGCUAUUAUGAGAAUGAACGGAGCCCCAUGGCCACCGGCAGAGUGGACAUCACUGAGGUGGUCAGUCUGGCCGUCAACAACACAGAGACCAUGACUGGAGCUGGGGCUGUGUUCAUGGUGGAGACCUACCUACAGUCAGACAGAGUGUUCUUGUUUGGCGCCAAGACACAGGAGACACAGCAAGACUGGGUCCAGGCUAUCGCCAAGUGUUUCGUCCCAUCUAAUGUAGAGGCUAUGUUGAGGAGAGACUGCGAGCUUAUUGGUCGGCUCUACUUUAAGGAAGGUCAUGACCUCUACCACUGGAGGGUUGGUUGGUUUGCUCUGGAAGGCUCCUCCCUCUACUUUAGUUCCGGGGAAAAGGAGAGCACACUGGGGGCCAUGCAGCUCAAACAACUACAGGAACUCACUGUUUCCACACAUGUAGAAGGUGAGGAGAGGAUCCAAGUGCUCUUGAUGGUGGAGGGUGGAAGAACUGUGUACAUCCAUGGUUUCAACAAAGUGGACUUUGCGCUGUGGCACGCUGCGAUCAAAUUGGCCUCUGGUACGGACGGCAGGGCUCUAAGCAACCAGCAGCUGAGUAAAAAGGGCGUCCCCAUCGUUGUGGACAGCUGCAUAGCUUUUGUCACCCAGUACGGUCUGUGUCAUCAGGGGAUCUACAGCGUUAGUGGGGACCCGGGCCGUGUAUCCCUACUCCUGGGGGCCUUCAGGCAGGACGCCCGCAACGUGAAGCUCCAUGUCCUGGAGCACCAGCUGGAGGACGUCGCUGACACCCUGAAGACCUUUCUGUCCCAGGCCGAGGACGCCUUGCUGACCAAGGAGCUCUACCCCUACUGGGUGUCUGCACUAGAUGAGGAGGAUGAGAAAAGGAGAGUAGAGAAGUACUCUAGAUUUAUCCAGAGUCUUCCCAAGAUCAACAGAUCCACCCUGACUGCUCUGCUGCAACACCUCUACAGGGUCCAGAGGUGCUCCCAUAUCAACCAGAUGCAGACCAGAGACUUGGCCUGUGUGUUCUCCUCCUGUCUCUUCCAAACCGAGGGACAAACCACACCAGAGAUCAGUGUGGUCCAAGACCUCAUCGCCAACUAUGUACAACUUUUUGGGGUCAACGAGGACCAACUCAAGCAGAUGGAGAGUGAGAACAGUUUCAUCACACGAUGGAACGACAAGAAAGACACCACAUUCUCUCCGGCCGGGGACUUGAUCUUUGAGGUGUUCCUGGAGAGGAGGGAGCCGGAGGACUGCUGCUUAAUCAAGUUGUCUCCUACCAUGACGUCAGACGAGCUGGCAGAGUCCACGCUGGUUACGAGGAACGUGGUCACCAACCCCGUCGACCUCUGGACCACGUUCGAGGUCAUUGAGAACGGAGAACUGGAACGCCCAUUACACUACAAAGAGAAGGUUCUGGAGCAGGUGCUGGAGUGGAGCACUCUAGACGAUCCCAGCUCCGCCUUCCUCGUCAUCAAAAAGUUUGGAAAGCACAAAAUGGCAGACACUCUCCCAGGCAGGAAGCAAAAACAGUUUAUGAGAGGGGAACAGGUGAAGUUCAAGGAUGGAUCCUCCAAGCUGCUUUCCGGACACAAAUUCCAGGACAGAUAUGUCAUCCUCCGAGAUGACAAGCUGCUACUGUACAAAGAGAUGAAAAGCACUAAGCCAGAGAGAGAGGUCCCACUGAAGUUAGUCAAGUGUUACCUAGGACUGAAGAAGAAGCUCAAACCACCCACCAGCUGGGGUUUCACCGUCUACACAGACAAACAGCAAUGGCAUUUCUGCUGCGAGGGGAAGGAGUCUCAAAUAGACUGGGUGACAGACAUCAUCACGAUGAAGCAUGGAGGAGACCUCUGGUCAAAGAGCAGAGAUCACAGCAAACCUGCAGUUCAUAAAAGCAUGUCAGCAGCCCAGCAGAGUUCACAGAACACACAGAACAGAACACAGAACACACAGAACAGAACACAGAACACAGAACACAAAACCAGCAAAAACCCCUCAUGCAGAAAGCUGUCCCUAAACGUCGGCACACCUCCCAGUGAAGAUGAGAAAACAAGGAAUAGCGAAGAUUGUGGCAGUCUCCAGCACAAAACAGCCAUAGUGGCUAAUUGCUUGAAGCAGAAGGACCGACUCGUGUCCCCCGGGACUGGUCAGAGAAAUGUUUCAGCGGGGGUGAUCCAGCCCCAGCGAUGUCCCUCUCCACACCCAGAGCCCCAAGCCCCUAAUAGUGGCGUCAAGAACCCAAACAGGAGGCCCGUUCUGAUGGGAGAGGGGGGUCUAAUGCCCCCCAACCUCCUCAACGAACUUAACUCUGUGCUGAAUAAGACUGGCCGAAGCGCCAAGGAGGAGAAGAGCUGAUGGAGAGAUUGAGGAGCACAGAGAAAAGAAAAAGAUGAAAAUGUAAAGUGAGGCUGAGAAAAAGAAAGUGCAAGAAAGAAAGGGAAUGGAAGAUGAUUAGAAUGAAAAACAGAGCGACAUGGAGACAGGAGACAGACUGAGUGAGACAGAAAGACUGAGUGAGACAGAAAGACUGAGUGAGACAGAAAGACUGAGUGAGACAGAAAGACUGAGCGAGACAGAAAGACUGAGCGAGACAGAAAGACUGAGCGAGACAGAAAGACUGAGUGAGACAGAAAGACUGAGUGAGACAGAAAGACUGAGUGAGACAGAAAGACUAAAUGAGACAGAAAGACUGAGCGAGACAGCAAGACUGAGUGAGACAGAAAGACUGAGCGAGACAGAAAGACUGAGUGAGACAGAAAGACUGAGUGAGACAGAAAGACUAAAUGAGACAGAAAGACUGAGUGAGACAGAAAGACUGAGUGAGACAGAAAGACUGAGUGAGACAGAAAGACUGAGUGAGACAAAGACUGAGUGAGACAGAAAGACUGAGUGAGACAGAAAGACUAAAUGAGACAGAAAGACUGAGCGAGACAAAAAUACUAAAUUAGACAGAAAGACUGAGAAAGACUGAGUGAGACAGAAAGACUGAGUGAGACAGAAAGACUGAGCGAGACAGAAAGACUGAGCGAGACAGAAAGACUGAGUGAGACAGAAAGACUGAGUGAGUCAGAAAGACUGAGUGAGACAGAAAGACUGAGUGAGACAGAAAGACUGAGUGAGACAGAAAGACUAAAUGAGACAGAAAGACUGAGUGAGACAGAAAGACUGAGUGAGGCAGAACGACUGAGUGAGACAGAAAGACUGAGCGAGACAGAAAGACUGAGUGAGACAGAAAGACUGAGUGAGACAGAAAGACUAAAUGAGACAGAAAUACUGAGUGAGACAGAAAGACUAAAUGACACAAAAAGACUGAGUGAGACAGAAAGACUGAGUGAGACAGAAAGACCAAAUGAGACAGAAAGACUGAGCGAGACAAAGACUGAGCGAGACAGAAAGACUGAGCGAGACAAAGACCAAAUGAGACUGAAAGACCAAAUGAGACAGAAAGACUGAGCGAGACAGUAAGACUGAGCGAGACAGAAAGACUGAAUGAGACAGAAAGACUGAGCGAGACAAAGACUGAAUGAGACAGAAAGACUAAAUGAGACAGAAAGACUGAGCGAGACAAAGACUGAAUGAGACAGAAAGACUGAAUGAGACAGAAAGACUAAAUGAGACAGAAAGACUAAAUGAGACAGAAAGACUGAAUGAGACAGAAAGACUGAAUGAGACAGAAAGACUAAAUGAGACAGAAAGACCAAAUGAGACAGAAAGACUAAAUGAGACAGAAAGACUAAAUGAGACAGAAAGACUGAGCGAGAGUGAAAGAGAGACAAAGGGAGAAACUUUAAGAAAAUUAAAAAACGUGAAUAAACAAGUUGUCAUUCUCUUCAAGAGGGACACUUGGACCUGUUUUCCAGGAGGGAAAUUAGAGUUUGGAGUGGGAAACCGGUCCAAGUGCUGUUGAUGGACAUAUCAUGGGAACCUCCAAGCCGACCAACACACUAACACAGUCAUUUAUAACAGUACUCAAGCCUGUCCAGAUACAUUUCUACACCGUUACCUAUGCUAUACCAAAUUAAUUAUAGUAUCAAAUUCUAUAACAUUUUUGGCUUUCGUUAAAAUUCAGUAUUGAUAUGAUAUGAUUAAUAUUGAUUGACAAGGAAUAUCUUCUCCAAAGGAAUGUACUGUAUCUAUUCUGUUAUUGCAUUAAACAUUUUAUUUCCUGGUGACAUACUACAUACUACAUGCUACAUAUUACAUGCUACGUGCUACAUACUACAUGCUACAUACUACAUGCUACAUACUACAUGCUACAUGCUACAUACUACAUGCUACAUACUACAUACUAUGUGCUACAUACUACAUGCUACAUACUACAUGCUACAUACUACAUACUACAUGCUACAUACUACGUGCUACAUACUACAUGCUACAUACUACAUGCGACAUACUAUGUGCUACAUACUACAUGCUACAUACUACAUGCUACAUACUACAUGCUACAUAUUACAUACUACAUACUACGUGCUACAUACUACAUGCUACAUGCUACAUACUACGUGCUACAUACUACAUGCUACAUACUACAUGCUACAUACUACAUGCUACAUAUUACAUGCUACAUACUACGUGCUACAUACUACAUGCUACAUACUACAUACUACGUGCUACAUACUACAUGCUACAUGCUACAUACCUCAUGCUACAUACUACGUGCUAUAUACUACAUGCUACAUACUACAUACUACAUGCUACAUACUACGUGCUACAUACUACAUGCUACAUAUUACAUGCUACAUACUACAUACUACGUGCUACAUACUACAUACUACAUGCUACAUACUACAUGCUACAUAUUACAUGCUACAUACUACGUGCUACAUACUACAUGCUACAUGCUACAUACUACAUACUACAUGCUACAUACUAGAUGCUACAUAUUACAUGCUACAUGCUACAUACUACAUACUACGUGCUACAUACUACAUGCUACAUACUACAUACUACGUGCUACAUACUACAUACUACAUGCUACAUACUUCAUGCUACAUAUUACAUGCUACAUGCUACAUAUUACAUGCUACAUGCUACAUAUUACAUGCUACAUGCUACAUACUACAUACUACGUGCUACAUACUACAUGCUACAUACUACGUGCUACAUGCUACAUGCUACAUGCUACAUACUACAUGCUACAUAUUACAUACUACAUACUACAUUUUUAUAUUGUACAGUUGUAUAAUACACUGCACAUUGUAUGUUCUGUUCUUUGACUGUAUUUAUGUAUAAAAUACUGUACUGUAUAUUUAUAUAAUGGGGGACACUGUUAACCCAUAGUAUUCGAUAUGUACAGUAAUAUUUAAUUACGUAGUAUUUCCUUCACAAACGACUUGAUUUAAAUAUAUAUAUAUAUAUAUAUAUAUAUAUAUAUAUAUAUAUAUAUAUAUAUAUAUAUAUAUGAAUACCGAUCAAUUCUUAUUCAAAGAUCUGUAUCGUUUGAGUGCCAGGGCAUAUGCUUUUCCCAAAUGGGAUUUGAACCCAUUCAAAAAAGAAUGGUUCCCCCCCCCCUUCCUGUCGUUGUUUUAUUCAUAGACCUCAUCAAAGGGUUAUUUUUUUUUAUUGUAGUAAAAUUUAAAAAUAAACUCUGCAUCUUAAGUCAUCCGCUCUCCUUAUUGAAUAAUGUAUUUCAGUCUGAAAAUGUUUAUGCAUUGUAGACGAUUGUCACCCAGGUUCUCCAUAAAAAAUGUAUCUCUACAUUAUAUUCUGAUUUUUUUCCCCCCCCACAACAUAACUGCCAAAUGUCCUUUUGUUCAACAUCUUAUUAUCUUUUUAUUUUAAUCAUGACUGUGUGUUGAUAGUCUGAAUAUAUCUUAUUAAUAACAUGCCUUUUGUUCUCACAGUGUAAAUACCUGUAUUUUACUGGGUCUGUGACAUUCAUUUCAUUAAGAUAUUCAUUUCAUUAUGUGGGCUGAAAUUAUCGCGCUAUUGUAUGACGGUAAUUUCAUAACACUGGCUUCUCACUUGUUCUGUACAGCGUGAUUGUUUUGUAAAUGAUUUCGUCCUAAAUCAAAUUAAAGUUAAUUGUAGUGUACAGA